AUCAUCUUGUUUGCUCUGCUCUGUUUCUACCUAGCCUGCUGUCAUCAGAAGGACUUUGUUGAGAUAUUCCCCAAAACGACCCUACACUCCACCCACAGGACUGCAUUGUAAAGAGGGCUUUUUUUUCUUCAGAACUGUGGGGGAAAAUGAAUGGGCCAGCAGAUUCAAGCCUGCUCUUCAACUGCUCAAAUCAAUCAAAUUUUGCUUUGGAAACAUCAGAGCAAUGUGGCAAAGAGACACACCUUGAGAACAUGAUUUUUGCUGCUUUCUACUUUCUAGACUUCAUCCUGGCUUUUGCUGGCAAUGCCCUGGCUCUUUGGCUCUUCAUCCGGGACCAAAAGUCAGGCACACCUGCCAAUAUUUUCCUGAUGCAUCUUGCUGUGGCUGACUUGUCCUUUGUACUGGUACUUCCCACCCGGCUGGUGUACCACUUUUCUGGAAACCACUGGCCAUUUGGUGAGAUCCCAUGCAGACUCACCGGCUUCCUUUUUUACCUCAACAUGUAUGCCAGUAUCUACUUCCUGAUGUGCAUCAGUGUUGACCGUUUCCUGGCCAUUGUGCACCCUGUCAAGUCCAUCAAGCUCCGCAGGUCCCGGUAUGCCCACGUGGCAUGUGUCUUUCUGUGGGUCAUCGUUGGUGUGGCAAUGGCACCUCUGCUGCUCAGUGUGCAGACAGUCCAGAUGAAAAACACAACUGUCUGCCUGCAGCUCUACAGAGAAAAGGCCUCACGUCACGCCCUCGUGUCCUUAGCAGUGGCAUUCACCUUCCCUUUCGUUACUACUGUGACUUGCUACUUGCUCAUCAUCCAGAGCCUGAAGAGUGGGAACAGAGUUGAGAAACACCUGAAGGAAAAAGCUGUCAAAAUGAUUGUCAUGGUCCUGAUGAUCUUUCUAAUUUGUUUUGUGCCAUACCAUGUCAAUCGCUACAUUUAUAUUCUCCAUUACAACGGGACCAAAGCUUCCUGUGAAACACAGCGUCUCCUGGCCCUCAGCAACCGCAUCACCUCCUGCCUCACCAGCCUCAACGGUGCCUUCGACCCCAUCAUGUAUUUUUUUGUAGCUGAGAAAUUCCGUGAGGCUUUGUGCAAUCUGUUUUGUAUUAAAAAGACCAUCAUGUUGACUCAAACUUAUGAGGGUAAGACAAAUGAAAGCUCACUAAGUGCCAAAUCUGAACUGUGAACAUGACUCUUGUCAACAUCAGUGCUUCGUCUUAAGAACACUCUUCCAACAAAAUCAGCUGAGAGCACAAAUAUGCAGAAAGACAGUCCACUCAGAGUCAAACUCAUCCUGAGAUGGGAAGUUCUGCUGUUUUUAUGGAGCUGCCAUUAACAAGAACCCCUCUGAUCACAGAGAUAACAUGCGUUAGUUUUGCUGAAAUUGCGAACAGGAGAACAAUUCCACUGGUUUCCAAGAAAUGAAACUGAGGGUUGAGCACUUAGGAAUAGGGAAGGGGAAAAUGAGAGAAAUGGACCCAUGUAUUUAAUUUUUUUUCAAGGAACGUAAUUCCCAAAGCACUCAGUGCUUCCUCUGCACAAUGCAUAUAGCCUGAUUUAAAAUUUCACAUUGUGCCAGCAGUAGAGAUCCACUCCCAAGAUAAACAUCCCUGAUAAAAAAACCCCCACAUUUGCACAUCUUGUUCAAGUCUCUGAAUUCAAUGUGCUCAUACGUAAUAAAGAGAAAAUUGGUACUAAAUGGCAACAAGAAAAAAAAAAAAAAAAAAGAAAAAAGAAAAAAGACCAGAAUGAAGCAAUGAACCCAAUCUGGACAGGAACUGAGACAGAAAAAUUCCUAGCUUUAAGAUGGUUUACAGCUCUUUUUUUGUGACUUAUCUAGCAAGACUAUCCCUUCAUUAUGGAUAAAGUAGGGAUUAUCUUUAUUCUCACUGAUACAAACUGCAUCCAGCAGAAUAUGUCUGGAAGUGACAGGCAAACUAGGGUAGACAAGGUACAAUGAAAAGGGAAAAAAAGAACGCAAGGGUUUCCAACAAUAUUUAUUAAGAGACUGCUUUUCAAUACUAUGGAGAUACAUAUUAUAGGAAAUAAUGUGACAGGUGAAAUAUAUUAUUACAUAAAUACACACUUCUAUCUCUCUGCUAUGCUUUCGGAAAGGAGCUCUUUACCAUUUUAGAUUAGGUCCACAACCUACAAAAUCAAACAUACUUUAUCUUGCUUGAACUGCUUUUAUCCUGACUGCUUCCCCAAAACAUCCUAAGUGCUAUUCCAACAGCCCAUUCUAGCAAGGUGGGGUACCAAAAGAAAAUCAAUUAUGUCCAGCUCAAAAAGCUAAAGCACAGAGGUUGCAUGCGGUGUAUGAAAAGGAAGAAGGAGUUGUGGGAACUCCCUGCUGGACAGGUACAAGUAUUUGACCUUUUCUUCCUUCCUUCACCACUUAGUUAGCGAAAAUAUAAACUCUAGGAAACUACUAGGCUUUGCUCAUAACAUGUAAAAGUCUAAAAUUAACUAUGAACUGUGCAACACUGUUUGCUAACUGCUGGAUUGUUUUAUUUUCUUAUAAUGGUAUGCUUUUGUAUAAGCUCCCUUUUGUGUUUUUAUUUCUUAUUUCUGAAUUAAAUGCAUUAAUUGACCUCUAGGAUUCAUUCUUAUAUUUCUGCAUUUAAGAUAAAUGAUUUAUGAAGACCACGUGGAAUCACAGGCUGAAAAGACUUUGCUGUAAUCAUUGUGUUAUUCUUUUGGGCUUUUGCUACAUCUUGAUUUCCUGCUCAGCAGCUUACUUGCUAAACAGCCUGCCUGAGAUCACGUAAUCCCUUUUUCUCACUUAAUAUGAAGUCUUCUGCCUGAAAUCCCUGAAAAUUCUGUCUUCUGCCUGAAAUCCCUUUCUUUUCCAGAACGCAUUCACUAGCCAUUAAAAUUUGAGUUUCUACAUGUUUAAUUGGAUGAACUUCCUACCUAACAGGUUAUGCCUAACGUUUUUUCUGUACCUUUUCAAGCUUUCCUUCUCAGUGUAAAACUGACCUCCUUCAGCAUUCACAGCUGUAUCAAUAACACAUUGAUAAAACUUUCUGACCUCCUGCUCCA